CCACUGUUAUAUUUGUUACACUUUAGUCUCAUGUAGUCAUACUAACUGGCUGUCCGAAUGCGUUGCUCUGGGGCACCUUCGCUGAGGCCUAUGGGGAAGCCGGCCCGCGCUGCGGGUAAACGUGUUGUAGGCCCAAGUUACCAAAGUAGACGGUUUGCCUCACAGCGACUAGCGGCGUUGAGCGGGGGCCAGGGUACCAGCUGGAACACCCUAACUGACCGGCUAGUCGCGGCGUCUAGUAUUCCGUUUUCAAUCCUCGUAUUGCCACAAGUUGUGCAGAAUGCCGUCAACAUGGCAACGGGUCACACAACAGCACUGUCCAUCAUCUCGUGGGAGGGCUACCUGUCAGCAAUGUUCGGUAACACGCUCAUGUGCAGCCAUUUCGCUGCCAGCGGCGAGCGCAGUGCCGUCAACGUGCAGCUCGUUGGCAUCCUGAAUAACUUUUUAAUACUUACCCAGGUAGCGCUAGCAGGCGUCAUGCCGCUUGCCGUCUUCCUCGCAGCUGCCAGCUUCACAGCCAUUGCCACGUUCAUGAACCUGGCGCGCGUCCAGCGACUCAGCAGUGCGGUGCAGCCGCCUAACGAGAAGUUUGGCACAUGGCAGAUGUGGCAGCUUGGGUCUGGGCUGAUCGGGCUAGCAGUUGUACCGCAGGUUUUGUACAAUACGGCGUCGCCAGCGGCGUCCACACUGUUGCCUUUCUGCUGUACCCUCUUAAUGCUAGGCACUGUGCUCGGGAUAAAGCUGUCGCGGAGCGGAUCCGGCGACGCAUCCUCGUUGGUACGGCAGCUGCCCGGCUGGGGGGCAACUCUGCUCUUCGCGUUGUCACCGCUGCCACAACUGGUUCGCAACCUGUUGGAGCCCCAGAGCCUGGAGGGGCUGUCGGUGGGCACCAUGCUGCUGGCGCUGCUGGGCAAUGCGCUCAUGGUGCCGCGCGCGCUGCUGCUGCGGGACGCGGUGUGGCUGAGCGGCACCGCGUGGGCGUGCGCGGCGGGCUGGGGGCAGCUGUUCAGCAUGUUCCGCAGCGUGUCGCCGAGCACCGGGCUGCGCUUCCUGGACCCGUGGGUGUUCAUUGCAGUUACAACGGGGCUUGUGGUCUAUGCGGGCUUCGUGCUCACGGAGCACCGCAAGGCCCAACAGGAGGGCGGAGGGCCGCAGCUUCGGUCUACAUAGUGCUGUGCCGAGAGGGUGGCAGUUACACCACAUAUGCUCCCCUUGGGUUGACGGCGCAGGCGCGCGAAAUUGGAGGAGCAGUUAGCACGCCGUAUAGUUAGCUUGUUGAAGGUAAAGUGGUGAUAUCUCGCAGGAUGGUGUUGACAAUGGUUAUCCCUGUGUGCUUCCUUCAGUGCGCGGGACACGUUGGUUAUGGGUCAGCGGUGUAGGUGAGCAUGGUAGUUAGGCUGCAUUUUUUCAAGUGGCAAAAGUGCAAUGGGGAAAUCGGCAAGUAGGCUUAAGAAAGGUGCAUUCUUGUACUCUAAUGUAUCAUUGUGGUGGCCAACUUGCAGAGUCUUGUCAAUGACUCUCAACUAACCGCACGACUCCAGUUGGUCGCGGGAUACUUCUCAAAUGGUUACCAUCAAACCCAAUGCAUUAAGAUUUGUAAUAUGAUGUCUGCCACUGUUGGAUUUAACGGGGAACCUAGUCUAUCCAAGUGGCAGUCGUACGACCGGAAACUGUGUAGACUGGACUGUCGUUCUCAAGGCGCUUUUGGAAGCAAGGAUUACUUUUUGUAAGUUUCAGCUGUGGGUCACACUCCGAAAGGGUCCAUGGGAAAACAGCGUUAAGAAAUGGGCAACGACAUUAGUACACGAUACCUAGAGGAAACCCCUCCUUGGGAUGAGUAUGUUGGCCAGGAUUGGAGGUCUGACAGGAGCCGGGAGCUUGACCGCCUAGGAGGUCUUACUCGGCCACCUAUACCUCGAGGACAGAGUUUCACAGCGAAGCUGCAUUUUCUCGCGGAACAAGUCAAGCGUCAGGGAGAUGUCAUGCAGGAAAUGCUACUGCCGGCCUCCACGCCGCGCGAGGAGGCCAAGUACACAGGUUUCAUGCUGGCUACGGAGAAGCGCGCCAUGGAGCGCAUGCAGGCCGAACACGACCGCGCGGCGGCGGCAGCAGCCCACCAGCAGCAAGCCAGGAUGGCGCUGGCGGCGGCCAGCGAGGGCGGGGACGCGGCGGGAGCAGCGGGCGCUGGGGCGGUGGCCAGGGCUGGAAGCGGAGGGCCCCAGCCGAAACCGCCCGCCACCGCAAUCGGCGCGACACGGUCACGGAAGGUGCACCAAGUGGGCGCAGCGUUCGGGCCCGCGGGCAUCCUGCCCCCCCCACACUUCAUUCCGGUGGCGCCCUGGCGGCUGCGGGUGUGGCACGCGCGGCGACGGGUGAUGCUCAUCAUCCUCACGGUGCUGCGGCUGCGGCGGGGAAAGGCGCGACGGCGUGCUGGGCUCAAGCUGGACAAUCUGGGCUUCAUGAUCCCGCGCGCACUGGCUGACGACGUGCCGCGAUUCGUGGAGGAGCAGCGCAAGUUCGCCGCGAUAAAGGAGGAGCUGGAGGCGGCGAAGCAAAUCCUGGAUGAGAUGCUCUGCCGCAACGGCGCCACCGCCUCCAGCGCCAGCGGCAGCAUCUCGGGGGCCGCUCCCGCCGCCUCCCCGCCCAACCACCACAGCAGCAGCUCCUCCGGCGUCCUGGUGGACGAGCUCCUCUCCCCCAGCCGCUGCUUCACGCGCCAGGGCAGCAACCCCCGCCAACACCCCAGCAUCAGCGCCAAUGGUACCGGCGGCCGCCCCUCCACCGUCGCCAGCAGCCGCCCAACCCGCAACUCCCGCGCCCGCGCCUCAGACAGCGGCAUCAUGUCCGGAGCCAGCUCGGGAUCGCUGCAGGCAAGCAGCCUGGCGGCGGCGGCGGCAGCAGCCAACGUGUCACCCAUGCGGCCGCAGAGGGCCACGUCGCCGGGGAAGCUGCCGUACAGCGGCAGCGGCAGCCUUCCGGCGGCGGCGGCUUCGCCGCCGCAGCCGCAGCCGCAGCAACUCCUCGGCGUCCCUGCGGCCGGUCCUGGCCGUGCCUCCACGUCUGGAAACGGCCUACGACAGGGGCUGGGCGGCGCGACGCCGAUGGUGGCGUUUGGCGGUGGUUCCGAUGACACGCCGCCUGAGAGUCCUCUGGCGCACCGGAACAGCAGUCCCCGGACAUGCUUCCCGGCGCCUGGGCAGGUAGCUGGAGGAGGAGGAGGAGGAGGAGGAGGAGGAGGAGGAGGAGGAGGAGGAGGCAGCGGGGGGCGGCGUACCAGCACGCCAGGGGGCCUGGGGUCGCCGCAUCGUGACAGCCCGCCCAACAGCCGAGACGCCUCCGUCACGCAGCAGCAGGGCUCUCCGCUGACCCUCCCACCCAGCCCCAGCGCUGGCACCCGCCGCUCCGUGGCCGCACUCCCACCCACCCCCAUCAGCGUCACCGCCCAGGUUACCGCCGCCUCCGCCGGCGCCUCAGGCUCCCCCAUCGCCAGCGGCCUGAGCUCCAUGGCUGCGCGGCGAUUCAACAACAGCAGGCCGCCGGCCGCGGCAACCGGCGGCGGCGGCGCCGCGGCGGCGGCGCCUCCUGCCGUACCACACCACCCCCCGCCGGGUUUCGUCACCACGGGUCCGUCGGGCCCUCUGAAUACCCGUGUGGCCGUGACCAGUGCCGUGGCAGCCAAACAUGGGCAGAUCAUGCAGGUCCAAGCGCAGAUCGACGCGGAAUCCAACAACCUGAAGAAGUCAGCGCAGAUGCUGUCCAUGUACAUCAACCGCGCUAACGCAGCAUGGGCGGAGGCUCAGGCCUGGGGGAGCGUGGACGCCUCAGCGGCUGGCGAGCUGGAGGCCUUUUGCUACAGCGAGCAGUACAGGAUCUACCAGGCGGAUCUCGUACGGCGGUUACGACAGGGCACGAUCUGCAUCCAGCUGUUCGCGGGUGAGGACACGCUGGCAGGCACUGAGAAGCGCCUGCCUGCCUCCAACAGCAGCCGGUUCAGGCAGUUGGCGCACCUGGAUAGCGGUGGCAGCUAUACCUCUGGCUGCAGUACACCGGUUGGCAGCACCAGCAUGAGCGGAUGUGUGGGAAAUGGCGUUCCGGGGCAGCAGGGGCAACAGGGGCAACAGGGGCAGGGGCAGGGGGCUUCCUCGUUGCUGCAGGCGCCGCCGCGGCGGCGGCAGGCGGAUCUCUGGACGGCGGACCCGUGGGAUCUGAUUGAUCGCUUCCGGCCGGGCAUCAUGCCGCAGACGGACCGCAUUCAGGGUCCCACGCUGGGUGCGCGCAUCCUGAGCCAGCUGUCCCUGGCCAUCUCCGACCUGGCUGGCGGCGAGGCGCUGGGGUCGGUGCCGGUGCUGCUGCACAUCAACGAGGAGCAGAUGGAGGAGGUGCUGCAGGAGCUGUGGAGCUACCAGUUCUUCGGCUUCAAGCGCGAGAACGUGCUACUGGUGGCUUCCCCCAUGCACCCCGGCUACCGCUACAAUCACGACUUCCGCGUCUUCGAGCGCGACCCCGCGGGCCUCAGCAGCAUGGCGCCCCUGGGCUCGGGCUACAGCAUGCUGCAGCUCACCUGGGCGGGCGAGGCGUUCAUUGUGGGGCCGGAGGGGGCGCCGGAGCCGCUGGCAACGCCUGCACUGACGCUGCUGCAGGAGCGCAAGGUGGAGUGGCUGGUGGCUCGCCGCGUGCGGGACCUGGGCCUGCUGGCGCGCGAGAGCAUCCUGGAUGUGCCCAUGCUGGCGUUCUGCAUGGCGCUCAAGGACAGGUCGGGCGCGGGGGGGCUGGCGUCGGGCGGCGCGGCAGCGGCGGGCGGCCGGGCCAACAUCGUAAUUGAGGUCGCCACGGCAGACAGUCUGGUGGAUGCUCGCGCCCUGGACUCCCUGGUAAUGCAGCGCCUGGGACCCGCAAUGGUGGGCGGCCACCCAGGCGCCGCUAGCGGUAUUGCUGCUGCUGCUGCUGCGGACGGCGGCGGCGGCGGCAACGGCGGCGUUCCCACCGGCAGCAUCUCCAAUGGCUGCCUCACCUCCAGCAAGGACCACCCCGGCCUCCACUCAAACCACCCCAGCCACCCCGGCCACCAAAAGUCAUCACGCACCCGCAGCCCUUCCCAGCUGGGGCUACCCCACAGCCCCAACAGCAGCCACAACGCACGCAGCAACAGCGGCCUGGGGGGUCACACCGGUCACCACUUUUACAACAGCAACAGCAACGGCCGUGGAAACCUGCAGCAACAGCAGCAGCAGCUGGGUUCCUCUCCUGCCUCCCCCGGUGGACCCAUGGGUCGGAACAACCAGGGAUCCUCACUCGCUCUGGCCUCGGGAUCUUCCGCAGGGUUUGGAUUCGGUUUCGGAGCAGGUCCCAGCAGCAGCACCGCGCUCAUGCAGCAGCAGUACACGGUGCCUGACGUGGCGUCUGCGGUGGUGGAGGUCCGGCUAGCGGAGCUGGGCACACCCAAGAUGACGGAGACGUUGUCACACCUGCGGGGACAGCUCACGGUGGGCCUGGGUCGCUACCUGCUCCACGUGCCCUCCCUGGCCUCGCUGCUGCCCUCCGCCUCCGCGCUGCGCCCCAAGCUGGCGCUGCAGGAGGAGCUGGUGCGGGUCAGCCUGGACGCGGGGGACCUCACGGCGGCGCCCCGCGCGCGCACGCUGGCGGUGCAUGCGCGCAGCAGCCCGGGGGUGCUGCUGUCGGCGGACGACCUGGAGAAGGUCAUUCCCAUGCUGCAGGCCCAGGACCACGACCUGGCUUUCCGCGGCAUGCUGCUGUCCUCCCGCUCCGAGGCGCAGGGACUCAACUUCGUGGCGUCCAGGGCGCUGUCCAGCAAGGCGGGGGGAGGACAGGUGGUGGUUGUGUUCGUGGUCAACAACCGCGUAUCAGCGGCCGCAGUGGACGCGGCGGGCGCGGUGGCUCGCCCCGGCCGCGACCGCAUUCACCUCGUGUCCGCCGUCAGCUCCGACCUGGCGCGCGCGGACGCGGAGGAGGUGCUGCGGGGGCACCAGCGGCGGCUGCUGAGGAGCAUGGUGGACACACAGGUGGAGGUGCUGGUUCGCGGGCAGUGGGGGCUGCUGGACGUGUUGGAGAACUACGUGACCGCCGUGGAGGCGCAGCUGGUGGUGAUGGGCUCGGAGCACCUCACCUCCAACGACUUCAACUACCUCAUCGGCUCCAUCACCCUCUCCACACUCAAGCGCCUGCACGUGCCCGUCAUGGUGGUCACCGCAAACAGCCGACACAACUUCAAUAUUGGGGGAGACUGGAC